AUGGAGAGCCGCCGUGGCGGGGGGGCGCACGCCCGAGGCCUCGGCGUGCGCCGCGCCGCGGCGGCGGCGGCGGUCUGGCGAGCCGGGGCCGCGGCGAGCGGCGAGGGCGGGGACUACGGCGCGCUGGGCGGCGCCGUCGCGGCCGCGCGUGGCCUGUGGCGGCCCAGCGUGGCGCCGCCUCGGCCGCCCGCUGCCGGCGCGGCGGAGGGCGCGCUGGCGCUGGAGGAGGCGGCCGCGGUGCUGCGGGCGGCGGCGGGCGCCCCGGGCCUCGGAGAGCUGUCGGCGGCCCGUGCGCUCAGCGAGCUGGCGCUCCUUCGGUCCCUGGCGGCGCACGCGGCCGCGGAGCCACCGCCGCCGCUGUCCGCUGGCAACGUCAGCGCUGGGCUCGGCCUGGCGCCCUGGGUCCGGGCGUCCGCGGCGCAGCUGCGGAGGCUCGCCGAGGCCCUGCCGGGGGACCGCCUGGUGAUCGCGCUCGGUCAUCUGACGCUGAGCGCCCUCAAAUUUGGGGCCCUAAGGCCUGGCCCUGACGGCCUCGCGCGCACCAUUGGGUCCUCCACGCUGGGGCAGGCGUGGUGGCUGGGGCGUCAGGCAGCUGGCGCCACGGUGCGCCGCAUCUGCGAGGUGGGUUUCAACGCGGGCCACUCGGCCUUCGCCUUCCUGGCCAGUGCCCCAGCCGCUAGCUUGAUCUCCUUCGACCUUGGUGCGAUGUCGUACACUUCGGCCUGCGCCCAGCUGGUGCGGCUCGCGUUUCCUCGCAGUGGCCGCUUCAGGCUCGUGGUCGGGCCAUCGAACGAGACCCUGCCAGAGUUCGUGCGCGAACGCCCGCGCGAGCCCCGCUGUGACCUCAUCUUUGUUGACGGGGGCCACGAGCGCGCAGAGGCGCAGAGCGACCUGCUGUGGAUGUCCCACCUGGCCGAGCGCGGGCGCUCGCUGGUGGUCAUGGACGACGUGGGCUGCCCGAGCCCCGAGUGCGAUGGGCCCACAGCGGUUUGGGAGGAGCUUCGCGCUGGCGGGCGCCUGCGCGAGCUUGGCUGCGAGGCCGAUAGCGGGCACCGAUGGUGCUGGGGCACGUACGUGUGAUCGCAGCGGCGGCGGCGAGAAAUCGACACCCACCGCUGCCUCCCGGCGGGCGGGGCCUACUUCUCGGCGGCGAACGGGGGGGAAGUGAGAAGG